AUGCACAUGUGUCUCCUCCUCACCGUCUGGUUCCUCAUGUGUAUUUCCAGUUCGGUUCACCUGGUUCGAGCUCAAAACGGAACCGGAGCCACUACUCAUCCGGACGAAGCGCAAGCUUUGAACUCCAUCUUCGCGGCUUGGAAGAUCCAGGCGCCGAAGGAAUGGAACAUCAGCGGUGAACUUUGCUCAGGCGCCGCCAUCGACGAGAGCAUCACCAUCGACGACAAAGCCUACAACCCUCUUAUAAAAUGCGACUGCAACUACGCCAACUCCACACGAUGCCGCAUCACCGCCCUCAAGGUUUAUGCGAAAGAUGUUCGAGGACCUAUACCUCCACAGCUCUGGACUUUGAUUUACCUCACAAAUCUGAACCUGGCUCAAAAUUUUCUUACAGGCUCACUUUCUCCUGCAAUUGGAAACUUGAUCCGAAUGGAAUGGAUGACUUUUGGGAUUAAUGCUUUUUCUGGCCCCGUUCCCAAGGAAAUUGGUUUGCUUACAGACUUGAAAUCGUUAAGUGGUAUUGGUUCAAAUGAAUUUUCCGGUUCUAUACCAGCUGAGAUUGGGAAUUGUUCAAAACUACGGAAAAUAUACAUAGGAAGUUCUGGACUUAGAGGAGGAAUACCUUUGUCACUGGCUAAUCUUGUGGAGCUGGAAGAAGUUUGGAUUACAGAUGUGGAACUUACUGGUCGGAUACCGGAAUAUAUAGGAAAAUGGACCAAACUUACUUCCUUGAAAAUUGUAGGAACUGGUUUAAGUGGUCCAAUACCAUCGUCAUUUUCCAACUUAACUACUUUGACAGAACUGAGUCUUGGUGGUAUAUCCAAUGGAGGCUCUUCUCUUGAAUUCAUCAAAGACAUGAAAUCUCUAAGUGUAUUAGUAUUGAGGAACAACAAUCUCACUGGGACAAUACCCUCUAGUAUUGGGGAAUACUCGAGUCUGCAACAAGUUGAUCUAAGCUUCAACAGACUACAUGGACCAAUUCCGGCUUCACUUUUCAGCUUAAGCCGACUUACUCACUUGUUUCUGGGAAACAACACGUUUAGCGGUUCUUUGCCCACUCAAAAGAGCCAGGCUUUGAGCAAUAUAGAUGUUUCGUAUAAUGAUUUGUCUGGUAGUCUGCCUUCAUGGGUCAGUUUACCAAAAUUGAAACUCAACCUUGUUGCUAACAACUUCACCUUAGGAGGUCUUGGCAAGAGGGUUUUAUCAGGACUCAAGUGUCUGCAGAAGAACUUCCCAUGCAAUCAAGGCAAAGGAAUAUAUUCUGACUUUGCCAUCAACUGCGGAGGCCCACAAACACGAUCUGUUAGCGGAGCAGUAUUUGAGAGGGAGGACGAGGAUCUUGGAACAGCUUCAUUUUUCGUGAGUGAUGCUCAGAGAUGGGGAGUCAGUAACGUUGGAAUCUAUGGUGGUAAGAGCAAUAAUAUAUGGGUUGUCAACACUGUGGACUCAGAGCUUUUUCAGUCGGCAAGACAAUCUGCAUCGUCCCUAAGGUAUUAUGGGUUAGGCCUAGAAAAUGGAGGCUAUACCGUAACACUUCAGUUUGCUGAGAUACAAAUUCUUGGUUCUAACUCUUGGACAAGUUUAGGAAGACGACGUUUUGACAUUUAUGUCCAGGGAAGACUUGUUGAAAAGGAUUUUGAGAUACGCAGAACAACAAGUGACUUUACUAUCCGAGCACUUCACAAAGAAUAUAAAGCUAAUGUAUCAGAAAAUUUCCUUGAAAUUCAUCUUUUCUGGGCUGGCAAAGGAACAUGCUGUGUUCCUAUUCUAGGUGCUUUCGGGCCACUAAUAUCGGCCGUCAGUGCAAAACCAGAUUUCACACCAACGGUAGCCAAUAGGCCAACAUCGAAGGGAAAUUAUAAGACUGGUACUAUUGUGGGUGUUAUUGUUGGCCUAGGACUGUUGAGCAUCUUUGCGGGCGUGGUUAUCUUCAUCAUCCGAAAAAGAAUAAAGCGUUACACAGAUGAUGAAGAGCUACUCGGUAUGGAGGUAAAGCCUUACACUUUUUCUUACUCUGAACUUAAAAGUGCCACUCAAGAUUUCGAUACCUCUAACAAGCUGGGAGAGGGAGGGUUUGGGUCUGUUUAUAAGGGAAACCUAAAUGAUGGAAGAGAGAUCGCAGUAAAAGUGUUGUCGGUUGGAUCCAGACAAGGGAAGGGACAAUUUGUUGCAGAAAUCGUAACAAUUUCUGCAGUUCUGCAUCGCAACCUAGUCAAACUUUAUGGGUGCUGCUAUGAAGGAGAUCAUCGUUUGCUCGUAUAUGAGUACCUCCCUAAUGGAAGUCUCGAUCAUUCACUGUUUGGAGGAGAUAAGACUUUAAAUCUUGAUUGGUCGACCCGUUUUGAGAUAUGCAUGGGAGUAGCCAGAGGUCUUGCCUACCUCCACGAGGAGGCGAGUGUUCGCAUAGUACACCGGGAUGUGAAGGCCAGCAACAUUUUGCUUGACUCUAAUCUGGUCCCAAAAGUUUCUGAUUUCGGGCUUGCCAAACUUUACGAUGACAAGCAAACCCACAUGAGUACCAAAGUGGCAGGAACCAUUGGAUACCUAGCGCCAGAGUAUGCCAUGCGUGGACACCUAACCGAGAAAACGGAUGUGUAUGCCUUUGGCAUCGUGGCUCUUGAGCUUAUCAGUGGAAGGAAAAACUCUGAUGUGAAGCUGGAGGGUGAGCAAAGAUAUCUUCUUGAAUGGGCAUGGAACCUACACGAGAAAAGCCAGGAAGUAGAACUAAUAGAUAGCGAGUUGAGUGAAUUCAACAUGGAAGAAGUGAAACGCAUGAUAGGCAUUGCUCUCUUGUGCACACAAUCAUCUUAUUCCUCGAGACCACCCAUGUCAAGAGUAGUGGCCAUGCUUUCAGGAGACGUUGAGGUCAGUGCUGUCACCUCUAAGCCAGGCUACCUAACCGACUGGAGUUUUGAUGACACCUCAAAAUCAUCUUUCAACGUCUUUCAAACUAAAGACAUAGGCGCUUCUGCUACUUCGUCCUACUCCACGAGUUUUGUGACCCCCAAAGACAGCGACUUUAAGCCAAUGGCUGGAGUCAAGAUCAAUGAGGCGAGAUGA